AUGGAGGGGAAGCUGUCAGAGGCGUCGAAGCGGGCGGCCCCGUCGCCCAUCCAGCAGCUCUCCCACCUCGCGCAGCGCGUCGGGGCCGUCAACCUCGCCGAGGGGUUCCCCGACUUCCCCGCGCCCGCCCACGUCAAGGCCGCCGCCGCCGCCGCCAUCGCCGCCGACCUCAACCAGUACAGGCAUGUGCAGGGAGUCUGCGACGUCCUCGCGGCGACCAUGAAACGGGACCACGGCUUCGAUGUCGACCCCCUCACGGACUUCGCCAUCUGCUGCGGGCAAUCCGAGGCCUUUGCCGCGGCAGUAUUUGCAAUUAUAGACCCAGGGGAUGAGGUUCUCCUCUUUGACCCGGCUUACGAAACGUAUCAAACAUGCAUUGAGCUGGCCCGGGGCGUCCCUGUGUAUGUGCCAUUGGAUCCACCUUCUUGGACACUGGAUGCGGAUAAAUUUCUGAAGUCGUUUACUAGUCGGACAAAGGCAGUGGUCUUAAAUAGCCCACAUAAUCCAACAGGAAAGGUCUUUAGCAAGGAGGAAUUGCUUAUUAUUUCUCAAGCUUGUCAGCAAAUGGACUGCUUUGCAAUAACUGACGAGGUUUAUGAGUAUAUUACUUAUGAUGAGAACAAGCAUAUCUCUCUGGCUUCUCUUCCAGGAAUGCAACAGAGGACAAUCAUCACAUCCUCACUGUCAAAAACAUACAGUGUAACUGGUUGGAGAAUUGGUUGGGCUUGUGCUGCAGCAAACAUAGCCACAGCAAUAAGAAAUAUCCAUGUCAAACUGACAGAUUCAGCUCCUGCACCAUUCCAAGAAGCUGCAUUGAUUGCGCUAACCAGCACACCAGACUACUAUGAGUCCCUUAAAAAAGACUAUGCAGAGAGAAGAGACUUCAUUCUUCAGUUACUGAAAAAUUAUGGUUUCCACAUUAGCUUCAAGCCACAAGGUUCAGUCUUUGUGUUUGCUGAGUUGCCCAAGUCCUGGCAAAUUUCCGACAUAGAUUUCGUGACGAACUUGAUUAACAAUGCUGGUGUGGCGGCAGUACCUGGUCGUGGCUUCUUCCACACAGAUGCCGACGACCAAAGUUACCAUCACCGUUAUGUGAGGUUUGCUUUUUGCAAGAGCGAUGAGACCCUCAAGGCUGCUGCCCAGAAGAUGAUGAAGCUGGUUAAAAGCAACGAAAAAGUGCCACAUGACACACAAAGCUUUUGCGUGUCCAAGAAAGGAAGGAAUGAACAUGUUACCAAGUAA